CAACGCUUGCGUAAAUAGUAUCAAGACAAACAUGGCCGAAGAGAGGAAUAAGCAUAUAACGCGGUAUAUUUAGGUUCCUAUUCAAUAUCGGGAUGUCACAUCAACUUCAUUUAGAGAAGGAAAAGUACAGACAAUGGGUAAAGGCCGGACUUGGUUUAGGAUACUUAAAAGAAGGACUUGCGCCUUUUUGUGACGACGUUGCCAAACAACAGCAUAAAGACAUUUUAGAUAACAUUAAACAGACAAAGAAUCUGUCGGCUGUGACAUGUGGUCAGUGCAAUCUGAGAACUCUCAAACCCGACCAUGUGAAAAUAGGAAAGAAUCAAUGUCCGUUAGGUCAAGCUAAUUGUAACUGCUGCUAUACGAGUAGUAAAAUUGCUUGUCCAAACAACGUAUGUGGCGCCAUCUAUGACACCAUUAUAACUAACCAUGCGUCCACACCACCAGCUCCUUAUUGGAAAAACACCCAAACUCAGCAGUGGACUGGAGAUCCGUGGAGUAUAGCUAAAUGUUUCAUCAACGCCCCUGGAUAUGACCGGACGACAUCAGCAGCCGACAUCAACUGCACGGGAUUACUGCAUGUGAUUAUCAACAACAAGUAUUUUCAUAAUCACAUUCAGAAUAAUUUAGCUGGAGCUAAUGUAUUUUCAAAGGUGAGACAAUACAGAAACGAGAUAUUCCACUCAAGCAGCAUGGAAUUAGAAGAGGCAGAUGCAAAUACUUACAUUGAUGAUAUGAUUGCUGUGCUGCAAGAUGGCAAGGAACUGAUUCACCGAAAAGAUGCCCAAGACGCGGUAAAGAAACUUGAAGAGCUAAAGAAUGAAGGUUUCAUCGUAACAACUGAAAAUAUGCAGAAAAUGCACGGAGAUGUCGGAAAAGAAUUUGGGAAUUUAAGAAUAUCAACAGAACGUCUAGCUACUAAGGAUGACCGCGACGAUCUCAAAAAGAAACUUUCUGCAUUGGAAUCUCUCCUAUCUGAACAAGCGGAGGAGAUGAAAAGACUCAAGACAGACGAUUCUGCUCAAAAGAAACAGCCGGAAUACGAAAAGUCCAAAUUAGACUUACAGAGAAGGUUGAUAGAGUUUUACAGAGAAGAUUUACUACGCAUGUCUGCACUGCCGUUUCAACAAGAGGGUAAUCUUUGUGACUUUAAAGAUAUAUACGUUAGACCAAGAAUGACGAUUGAAUCAAAAGAUAAAUUAGAUAAUAAACCAAAGGUUGCAGAUGUUCUAUCAAUGUCUGAUAUUUUCACAAAAGACGGUAAACCUAUAAAAAUCAUCUACGUCCUCGGAGACGCGGGGUCCGGUAAAAGUAGUUUCUGUAAAAGUUUGAUAAAUUACUGGUGUUUGGCACAUUCUGAACAAGGGCAAAGUAUUGAUGAUGAGUUCAGUGGAGUCAAGGAAAUGAAGAAAUUUAAUUUUCUAUUCUAUCUUCCUCUCCGUCAUCAUACAGAUAAGAUGAAAAUCAAAGAAAUGUUGGAGGAAAAGUACGAACAUCCUGCUCUUAUGAAACUUCUUAAAUAUGAGUCUCGAACCUGUCUCGUUGUUCUUGAUGGUCUUGAUGAAUGGAAUCCUCCAGCGUCAAAGUGUACUCCUGAACGCGGCGCAUUGAAGGAAUAUACAGUUUUAACUACGUCACGACCCUGGAAAAUUGCAACGUUAGGAAUAACCGAUUAUGAGAUACGACAAAAGAUUAUCCUUAAAAGGUUUGAUGAUGAUGAUGGUGGUGAUGAACGAAACAAAACGUUCAAGAAAGACAAAUAUCCAGCAAACCUGAUUCCAGCUGAAAUCAUGAGAAUGGACAAGGAAUCAAUCGACCUUUACAAACAACUUUUAAAUGAGGGCAAAGAGGCUGUAUAUAACAUUCGGGUAAUGGUUGUUGGGCCGUUCGGAGUUGGAAAGACCACACUUACAAAACGGUUGUUAAGGGAAGAUGUGGACUUAAACUUACAAGACAGUACGAAUGGCAUAGAUGUACAUGUUAGAAGAUGCAAAGUGUCUCUUAGCAACGGCCGUUGGAACAUUUUAGAAAAAGGCAAGACGUCUGAUGAUACAGCUGCUCGUUUGGCCAAGUUGUUAAAUAAACAAGUCGAUGAUCAGAAGACAAUUGAAAAGAAAGAGACUAAAAUGCCUAAUGGGGUUGUUUCUACUGACAGUGACAGUGUUGAAACAGAAAGGAAAAAUUUGCUCGAAGAACAAGAGGAGACACUAGUCGAGGAUUCAGUACCUAUUGUGUUCCCUAUUGAAGAAAGAAGUGACAGCGAAACGAAUCUGACUGUGGGAUCAAAUGAUCAGGCUAUUCAGACUGUGGGAUCAAAAGAUCAGGCUAUUCAGAAUGAAUUGGAGGAUCUCAUGAAGGAAGUUCCACUAGAUGCUACAGACACAAACUCUGCGGAUCUUUCAAUUUGGGACUUCGCUGGACAGUAUGUGUUCUAUUCCACACACCGGGUAUUUUUAUCCGAACGGGCUAUUUAUUUGCUAGUUACAGAUAUAUCCAAAGAUAUCAACGAAAUUGUCAAAGAUGACAGCUGUGUUGUGGAUUGUAAUGACAAAAAGCAAUGGACAGUAUCAGAAUUCGUUCACUUUUGGCUAAACUCUAUACACGAGUUCUGUAGCUUUCAAGAUGACAAGGGUCCACCAGUAUUGCUUGUUGGUACAUUUACGGAUCAAUUAGAUCAGAAAACAAAAGGAAAUAUAGUACGGAAAUACUUCCAUGAAUUAAGAGCUUCUGUUCUCGGAAAGGGCACCUUUUGUCAUAUCGAGGGAAAUGAGGAUUUUGACAUGGAUAAUUCUAUCAUAGAUGACAAGAUUGAACGACUUCGCCACACGAUUUUUGAUAUAGCUUCUAAGCAAUCUUACUGGGGAGAACAUAUUCCUGCAAAAUGGAUAACACUGGAACGCAAAAUAGUCAGCGAGAAAGACCUGGGUAAAAAGGUUCUUUAUAAGAAACAGCUGCGUGAUCUGAAUGGAGAGUUACUAGUUAGCAUUGAAACAGACGAAGAACUAGAACUUUUCCUGAGGUUUCACCACGAAUCAGGAAAUAUACUGUAUUUCAGCGAAGCCCAGCUCAGUGACAGUAUUGUCCUUGACCCUCAGUGGUUGAUUGAUGCUUUCAAAAGUAUAAUAACUGAGAAAACGUUCUACAAAAAAAACGAAACCAUCUUUAAGAACUGGCUUGAAUUUGAGAAGUCGGCUAAAUUGACAGACGUAUUUGUUGAUAUGGUCUGGGAGAAGUCGGAGUUUUAUGAACAUAAAGAUCUCUUGCUUAGAUAUCUUCAGAAACUUGGAUUUAUCGUAAAACCACGACAGCAGUCAAACAGUGCAAAGGUAAUGUGACAAAAUAUUUAGCAU